AUGGCGGCUUCUUGUGCAAGUCAACUUUUUAUUUCACGACUUUCUGCAUUGAAAUUAUUACCUAGAUUCUCAGAUGYGCUGAAUGGAGGCAGACCUAAAAGUUUUUGGAGGAAAAAGAGGGAUCCAGCCAAUACUAGGUCUCCUAUAGUCAGUGUGGUGCAUAGUUUUGCCAAUGCUUCUCAUGUAGAAAGACAAGUUAUUGUAAAAGGCUCCAUUGUACAGAUUGAYGUCAGUCCAUUUAAAGCAUGGUGUGACAGCCAAGUUAAUGAUAGUCAAGAGAAAGCAGGUGUACCUACAGCUGAUGAUGAUCAUAAGACACAAGAAGGAACUCCUAUUAUAAGCAAAGAAAUAAAAGAGAUGUUAGAUUCUGGAAURUUAUUAGCCAAAAUUGACACAAGACCUGGUCAAGUUGGAGCUUGCAAUGGAUACAUUUUAGAAGGUCAAGAACUUGAAACAUUGAAAAAUGAUUUAAAUCUAGCAGCAGUUCAAAGAAACUGAUUUUUUAUUUGAUAAUUAUGUAAAAAUAUUUGUAUAAUAUGACAAUMAAUAGCAUAAAUUGUUAUUUGCAUGUUUUCGAAUCAUUCUUUUGUAGUACUUGAAUGCCAAAUACCUUGUCUAUCAGUAUAUUUUCACGUUUUGUGUCUGUCCUAGAUUUAAUAAUCCAGCUUAAGAUAAAGCAAUAAUAUAUAUUGAGUUGAAACGGUUUUGUAAAUAAUUUUCUCUUGAUAUUUUUCAUUAUUUUUAAUUUGAUUAUUAGAUCAAUGAUGAAAAGGAA